GGGGUAAAGAUGCAUGACCCCACCAUGACCGCUCGAGAAGUGGGUGCCGAUACAGGAGAUGGGACCCCCGAACGAAACUUGCGAUGACUCCUCCCGGCAAUUUUCGCUGCCGGCAGCCCUGGACUUACAAGUGAAAAAAAAAAAAAAAAAAGGCAGUCACGGCCGGCUCAGCCCCAUCCUUUACUCCAAGCUCUCUUCUACCGUGCAUCAUUGUGAUUCCCCGACGGCGACAGCAUGGAGACGACGCUGCCGCUCCCCUUCCUCGUCAGCGUCAAUGUCCCUCCGGGACUCGGCGGCGAGAAGGAAGGGCUCAAGCGCGAGGAAGUGUCAUGCCUUGGCUGCGUCUUCUUUGAGGUUGCCCCCCCGACAUUCGACAAGAUCCUCCGCUUCCUGAGCCGCCACAACACCGAGUUCCAGUCCUUCUUCGACGUCACACGCCUCGAGUCCCGCGAUGACGUCGUCACCCUGCUCGACGCCGGCGCCCGCAAGGUCUUUGUCCGCCCCGAGCAGCUGCCCGACUUUGCCGAGUUCGGUUCCCGGGUUGCCGCGGUCGUGAGCGGUGGCGAUGUCAGCAACUUGUCCUCGGCCGAUACAGAGCGCGGCCUUCUCGUCUCUGGUUUCGACCAGUCAGCACCCGACGCCGCGCGUUUCGCCGAAGAAGUCAAGACGAAGAAGAUUGGGUCCUUGUUCAUCAAGCCCGUUGCGGGGACUAACCUGCGAGACUUCGUCCAGCUUGCCGCCGAGUGCAGCGCCAUCCCCAUCCUGCCAUCGACGGGGCUGAGCAGCAAGCCGCAGGACGACAAGCUUGCCGUAUCCCAGAUCCUCGCCGCUACGUGGAAGUCGGACCGCCCGGACGGACUGGUCCCCACCGUCGUCGUGGACGAGCACGACACCGCCCUCGGCCUCGUGUACAGCAGCGAGGAGAGCGUCGGGGAGGCCCUGAAGACCCAGACUGGCGUCUACCAGAGUCGGAAGCGCGGGCUGUGGUACAAGGGGGCAACGUCGGGCGACACGCAAGAGUUGGUCCGGAUAUCACUCGACUGCGACAACGAUGCGCUCAAAUUCGUCGUCAGGCAAAAGGGGCGUUUCUGCCACCUCGAACAACCGGGCUGCUUUGGGGAUCUGAAGGGCAUCGCCAAGCUCGAGAAGACGCUCCUGUCCAGGAAACAGUCGUCGCCAGAGGGUUCCUACACCGCUCGCCUGUUCUCGGAUGAGAAGUUGCUGCGGGCCAAGAUCAUGGAGGAGGCGGAGGAGCUCUGCGACGCAAAGACGCCCGAGGAGGUCGCCUUCGAGGCGGCCGACCUCAUCUACUUUGCCCUGACCAGGGCCGUGGGUGCCGGCGUGACGCUGGCCGAUAUCGAGAAGAGCCUCGAUGCCAAGAGCUUCAAGGUCAAGCGCAGGACAGGCGACGCCAAGGGCAAGUGGGCCGAGAAGGAGGGCAUCAAGCCUGACGCGAGCGCGAACGCGAGCGCGAGUGCGACUCCCGUCGAGCCCGCUCAGGGGGCUGCGCCCAAGGAAGCGCCCAGGGAGGCGCCAAAGAAGGAGGUCGCGGCCGAGAAGAUCACUAUGAAGGUCUACGACAUGGCCACCGUUUCGGCGGCCGGGCUCGACGAGGCAUUGAAGAGGCCGUCCCAGAAGUCGUCGGACGCCAUCCUCAAGAUCGUCACUCCCAUCAUCGACGAUGUCCGGAAGAACGGCGACAAGGCGGUCCUCGCCUACACGCACAAGUUCGAGAAGGCAACGUCGCUCACGUCGCCCGUCCUCAAGGCGCCGUUCCCCGAGUCGCUCAUGCGGCUGCCGCCCGAGACCGUCAAGGCGAUCGACGUGUCGUUCGAAAACAUCCGCAAGUUCCACGCGGCGCAGAAGGAGGAGAAGCCGCUGAAGGUCGAGACCAUGCCCGGCGUCGUCUGCAGCCGCUUCUCGCGGCCGAUCGAGGCGGUCGGCCUCUACGUGCCGGGCGGCACUGCCGUCCUCCCCAGCACGGCGCUCAUGCUCGGCGUCCCGGCCAUGGUGGCCGGCUGCAAGAAGAUUGUGCUCGCGUCGCCGCCGCGGGCGGACGGCACCAUCACGCCCGAGAUCGUCUACGUGGCGCACAAGAUCGGCGCCGAGUCGAUCGUGCUGGCGGGAGGCGCGCAGGCGGUGGCGGCCAUGGCGUACGGCACGGAGAGCGUGAGCAAGGUGGACAAGAUCCUCGGGCCGGGCAACCAGUUCGUCACGGCGGCCAAGAUGUACGUCAGCAACGACACCAACGCGGGCGUCAGCAUCGACAUGCCGGCCGGGCCGUCCGAGGUGCUGGUCAUCGCCGACAAGGACGCCAACCCGGCGUUUGUGGCAUCGGACCUGCUGUCCCAGGCCGAGCACGGCGUCGACAGCCAGGUGGUGCUGAUCGCCGUCGACCUCAGCGACGCGCAGCUGGCCGCCAUCGAGGACGAGGUUCACAAGCAGGCGAUGGCGCUGCCGCGGGUGGACAUUGUGCGCGGCUCAAUCGCGCACUCCCUCACGGUGCGCGUGAGGACGGUGGACGAGGCGAUGGAGAUCAGCAACAAGUACGCCCCGGAGCACCUGAUCUUGCAGCUCAAGGACGCCGAGGCGGCGGUGGACAAGGUCUUGAACGCCGGCAGCGUCUUCAUUGGCGAAUGGACGCCAGAGAGCGUGGGGGAUUAUUCGGCUGGUGUCAAUCACUCGCUGCCAACCUACGGCUAUGCCAAGCAGUACUCGGGCGUCAAUCUCGCGUCCUUUGUCAAGCACAUCACGAGCUCGAACCUCACGGCCGAGGGCCUGCGGAACGUGGGCGAGGCGGUGAUGCAGCUUGCCAAGGUGGAGGAGCUCGAGGCUCACCGGAGGGCGGUCAGCAUCAGGUUGGCGCACAUGCAGCGGUGAAGCACCGGGACAGAUUCCCGCCGUGCCUGUCCAAGUGUGAACGCGCCCAUGAAUCGAUCCCGUAACUUACUUAUCAGGAGAAGAAGAAAAGAAGAAGAAAGUUUCGAGC